CAAACCCUCUCUCUCUCCCCGACAAACCCACGCUUCCACAAUGGCCACUCUCUCCCACUUCCUCACCAAACCACCGCACUCCUCCGCCUUCCAUCCGCCGUCCUCCUCCGCCGCAUCCACCUCCACCUCCGCCGUCCUCCGCCUCGCAAGCCCUAAAACCCGUCAUCUUUCCCCGAAACAGAUCACGAGAACCACCACUAACCACCGGAGAAUCAGAGUUUUCCCGGUGGCGAGAGCCGGAGGGGCGGCGUCCGCCGGGACAAAAGGGUCACCGGCGGCGAGGGACGAGAAGGUGCAGAAGAUUCACAGCUCGGAGGAGUUCGACGCGGCGUUGAAGGCGGCGAAGAACAAGCUGGUGGUGGUUGAGUAUGGAGCAAGCGACAGUGACCAGAGCAACCAGAUUUACCCGUUCAUGGUGGAGCUGAGCAGGUCGUGCAACGACGUCGUUUUCUUGCUGGUAAUGAGUGACGAAUCCGACAAGACGCGCGAGCUCUGUCGGAGAGAGAAGAUCGACAAAGUCCCUCACUUCAGCUUUUACAAGAGCAUGGACAAGAUUCACGAGGAGGAAGGGAUAGGACCGGACCAGCUAAUGGGAGACGUACUAUACUACGGGGACAACCACUCGGAGGUGGUUCAGCUCCACGGCCGAGCCGACGUGGAAAAGCUGAUCGACGACCACCGCACGGACAAGAAACUGAUCGUGCUGGACGUGGGUCUCAAGCACUGCGGGCCAUGCGUCAAGGUCUAUCCGACCGUACUGAAGCUUUCGCGUCAGAUGUCGGAUGCGGUGGUUUUCGCCCGAAUGAACGGAGACGAGAACGACAGCUGCAUGGAGUUUCUAAGGGACAUGAACGUGAUCGAAGUGCCGACUUUUUUGUUCAUCAGAGAUGGAGAUAUUAAAGGCCGGUAUGUCGGGUCGGGUAAGGGCGAGCUUAUUGGCGAGAUUCUCCGGUACCAAGGCGUUCGUAUCACAUAAAAAAAAUUGAUAUUAUAUGAAUUUGAAAAUUGAAUUUUUUUUUUGGGGUUUAAUGGGUUUGGAUGAGAUUUAUAUUACCUUUUUUUUUUGGAUGAGAAAUUAUUGGUAUGAUGUUAUUGAUGUUAUGUUAUAUAAGUUUUAUAGCUACUUGAUGAUUAUAAUGUAUGAUUACAUGUUAUUGUAA